CCUGCUUUAGAUUCGGCGCCGCAUCUGAUGUACUUGAACCACAGAACUGGGAGGUUCAAUUUCCAUGACCCGACUCGCAGAGGUGCCACAUAUUCAGUACGCAUCCCUGAACUAUUGGGGGAUUACCCGGGCGAGGUUGAAUGUUAUUAUGCCAGCUGCGGUUGGCUGCUUCUUCGCAAGGGCCCCAUGACAUACUUCCUUUUUAACCCCUCCACCAUGGAUAGAAUUGACCUUCCUCCAGUACGUGACAUGCCCAUCUCAUUCGAAUCCAUGUGUUUCUCUGGUUCGCCCACUUCUUCCUCGUGCAGGAUUGUUGGCUUUGUCAGUUAUGUCCCAAAAAAAGUGGCCUUUAUUGGAGAAACAAUGGUGGGAUGUGAUUCUUGGUCCGUGUCUGUCAACACUAGCAACCCAGAUGACUUCGUGGCAUCCAUAUGCCCCCCCAUUGUCUGUGAUGGGAGCUUUUAUGUUUUGGGUGAAUCUGGGAAUUUGGGAUGCCUCUGGUUUCGACCUCCCAAAAAGGGACUGACCGAGGUUUUUUGGGAAGUUAUUGGCAAGCCAGCAGAUGAACUGUUUGAGACAUUCAAAGAUCAAUUCCUCCUCGAAAGCGAUGGCGACAUCAUGUGCGUGGCAACUCUACAAGGAGGCGGCGAAGUUUGUGUUCUCAAGCUUGAUCCACACACUCAAGUGUGGCAAAAGGUGGAUGAUCUCCAAGGAAAAGCCUUGUACGUUUCUCAAUCCGCAUCCUUCUCCCUUAAAGCAAUUCCCAGAGGAACCGGUAACAAGGUCUACUUUCCUAGAUUCUACAACAACCGAGGACUGUUUUAUUGCAUGGGAACCAAGGAGUGGCGCAACUUUCCACAUACUUUCUCAAGUACAAACUAUUACAAUACCAGUUCCUUACUUCAUUCUGCCUGGAUUCAACUUUCUCCUCAUCAUACUAGCUAGCUAGUUUAAAUCACUUACUGCUCUUGUAUAAACUUACCAACAACAUUACUUUGUUUCAGAUAUUUAUCUAAUUUUAUAAUUGCUAAAUUUGACUGUUAGUGAUCCUGACUAUUCAUUAUGAGAACGUUUAAAACUAUUGUUCCCUGCCGG